GUCAAAGCUUGGGGCCUUGCUCGAAGCAUUGAGCAUAGAUAGGGUACGCUGACGAUCAUACAUAUGUCCACGCAAGGUCUCGGGAGCUUACGCCCUCUCACUGGACCCAUCAAGCAGUUUUUUGAACUAGCAGCACUUGAAACCCUUUGGAAAGAGUUGGUCAAGAGUCUAGCACGAUGCACGGUGGGCAAUAUGCGUUUUGGUGAAAUGUUUUAAUCAGUUUUAAUGUCAGUAAACCGCAGCGAUUUGUUGGAUCAAAUCAAGAAAUAUACUACACCAAUUAACUAUAGCAGGAUAAAGUAAUUUCGAGUUAUCGAUAUGCUCGUUUGGUUGUUGCUCAAUUUACAAUUUUUCAAACAUUAACCCUAAGCAACGAAUUCAACUCUGAAUUCGUUGCCGAAGUGUGGUUCCGUUUCCGUGAAGAAAAAACCUACCUCUAUUAGGAUUGGAAAGACAAUUAAUUGAUACCAUCGCCUUUAACAAUGCCUGACAUAAAAGUUACACCUCUUGGAGCUGGCCAAGACGUUGGUAGGAGUUGCAUUUUGGUUACUAUGGGUGGGAAAAACAUAAUGCUCGACUGUGGUAUGCACAUGGGUUUUAACGAUGAAAGGAGAUUCCCUGAUUUUUCAUACAUUGUACCUGAAGGACCUGCUACGAGCUAUAUAGACUGUGUCAUCAUAUCUCACUUCCAUUUGGACCACUGUGGAGCAUUACCAUAUUUCACGGAGAUGGUAGGAUACACCGGUCCAAUCUAUAUGACGCACCCCACCAAAGCAAUCGCCCCGAUCUUAUUGGAGGACAUGAGGAAAGUAGCCGUAGAACGAAAAGGAGAAAGCAACUUUUUCACUUCUCAAAUGAUCAAAGAUUGCAUGAAAAAAGUAGUUGCUGUAACACUGCACCAAUCGGUGAUGGUUGAUCCGGAAUUAGAAAUAAAAGCCUACUAUGCUGGGCACGUUCUCGGUGCUGCUAUGUUCUGGGUUCGAGUGGGAUCGCAAUCCAUUGUCUAUACUGGUGACUACAACAUGACACCAGAUCGACAUUUGGGAGCAGCAUGGAUUGACAAAUGUAGACCUGAUUUGCUCAUAUCAGAAUCGACUUAUGCAACUACCAUACGAGACUCAAAGAGAUGUAGGGAAAGAGACUUUUUGAAAAAAGUACACGAAUGUAUCGACAGAGGUGGUAAGGUUCUGAUACCAGUUUUUGCUCUUGGUCGUGCUCAGGAACUUUGUAUAUUAUUAGAAACUUACUGGGAAAGGAUGAACCUCAAAGUACCUGUAUAUUUUGCUCUGGGUUUAACAGAAAAAGCUAACAAUUAUUAUAAAAUGUUCAUUACAUGGACAAAUCAAAAAAUCAAAAAAACUUUUGUCCAAAGAAAUAUGUUCGACUUCAAGCAUAUCAAACCAUUCGAUAAAUCUUACAUCGAUAACCCAGGUGCUAUGGUAGUUUUUGCUACACCAGGAAUGCUCCAUGCAGGACUGUCUCUGCAGAUAUUUAAAAAGUGGGCCCCGAACGAAGCUAACAUGGUAAUCAUGCCUGGGUUUUGUGUACAAGGCACUGUUGGUCAUAAAGUUCUGAAUGGAUCAAAACGUAUUGAAUUCGAAAAUAGACAAAUUGUAGAAGUGAAAAUGGCUGUUGAAUACAUGUCCUUUUCGGCUCAUGCGGACGCCAAAGGUAUUAUGCAGCUGAUUCAGUAUUGUGAACCAAAAAAUGUUAUGCUCGUCCAUGGAGAAGCUGCAAAGAUGGAAUACUUGAAAGAAAAAAUCAGGCAGGAAUUUGGAACUAACUGUUACAAUCCUGCCAAUGGAGAGACCUGCGUUAUUUAUACUACUGCAAACGUUCCAGUUGAUGCAUCACUUGCGCUUUUAAAAGCAGAGGCUAAAAGGUACUCUGUACUUCCACCUGACCCAAAGAGGAGAAGACUGCUGCAUAGCGUCCUAAUGUUGCGGGACGACGGUGUGUGCUUAGUCGAUGCCGAUGAGGUUGCUAGAGCAGCGGGAAUAAUAAAACACAUAGUCCGUUUCACAUCGACUGUCCAACUGAGGGAUGUGGGCACCGCACAGUCGACGAUUCUGAAACUCCUGGAACCAUUAAAGGAAAGAUUAUCUGGCUGGACGGUCGAACUGGUCGAAGGGUCCAUAUCUGUAGAAUCUGUGUUAGUUAGAGUUGAAGGAGAUGAUGAUGAUUUGAAGAGUGUCUAUGUUUCUUGGACUAAUCAAGACGAGGAUUUGGGAAGUUACAUCCUUGGUUUCUUGCAAACAAUGAUCAACUAAUAUCUGUGAAUAAGAUUUUUGUACGAAUCUUUUCUACAGUAAGUUUUUCCAAAGAACAUUGUUCAUAAACCGUUUAAUCCUCUACAGAUCUCAGGUGCUUUUUAAAAUUUCAUUAACAUAAGAAUUUUAACAACUGUCAAAAUUCAGUCAUUUGUUGAAUUGAGAUUUCUGACUGACAAUGAGGUACAACAUUCUCAUUCCCUCUUGUGAUAAUGUGUACACGACAAAAUGUAAAUAAAUUGUGAAACAAU